ACCUAUCACAGAGAUUUAGAUUGUCCGCAAAACAGCCUCGUCGAAAUCGAUCACUGAGCGAGUCGUCGUAACUCAGUACCGAGUUGAGUCACCAAACUCUAAAACCAUGGAAUCGUUCGACAUGGGUUCCAUGGCCGCUUCGAUCGGCGUUUCCGUCGCCGUUCUCCGUUUCCUCCUCUGCUUCGUCGCAACGAUCCCAGUCUCCUUCGCUUGGCGACUCGUCCCGAGUCGACUCGGUAAACACAUCUACUCAGCUGCUUCUGGAGCUUUCCUCUCUUACCUCUCCUUUGGCUUCUCUUCAAAUCUUCACUUCCUCGUCCCGAUGACCAUCGGUUACGCUUCAAUGGCGAUCUAUAGACCAAUGUCUGGAUUCAUCACCUUCUUCCUCGGUUUCGCUUAUCUCAUUGGCUGUCAUGUGUUCUAUAUGAGUGGAGAUGCUUGGAAAGAAGGAGGAAUCGACUCUACUGGAGCUUUGAUGGUGUUGACUCUGAAAGUGAUUUCGUGUUCGAUAAAUUACAACGAUGGGAUGUUGAAAGAAGAAAGUCUCCGUGAAGCUCAGAAGAAGAACCGUUUGAUUCAGCUUCCAUCUCUUAUUGAGUACUGUGGUUACUGCCUUUGUUGCGGAAGCCAUUUCGCUGGCCCGGUUUUCGAAAUGAAAGAUUAUCUUGAAUGGACGGAAGAGAAAGGAAUUUGGGCUGUUUCUGGAAAAGGAAAGCGACCAUCUCCUUACGGAGCAACGAUUCGAGCUAUAUUUCAAGCUGCGAUAUGUAUGGCUCUGUAUCUCUAUCUAGUACCUCAGUUUCCGUUAACCCGGUUCACUGAACCGGUGUACCAAGAAUGGGGAUUCUGGAGAAGAUUCGGUUACCAAUACAUGGCCGGUUUCACUGCUCGCUGGAAGUACUACUUCAUAUGGUCGAUCUCAGAGGCUUCCAUCAUUAUCUCCGGUUUGGGUUUCAGUGGUUGGACCGAUGAGAAAACUCAAACAAAGGCUAAAUGGGACCGUGCAAAGAACGUUGACAUUCUCGGUGUUGAGCUUGCUAAGAGCGCGGUUCAGAUUCCACUCUUCUGGAACAUACAAGUCAGCACCUGGCUACGUCACUAUGUGUAUGAGAGAAUUGUGAAGCCUGGGAAGAAAGCCGGUUUCUUUCAGUUGCUAGCUACGCAAACCGUCAGUGCCGUGUGGCAUGGACUGUAUCCUGGAUACAUUAUAUUCUUUGUUCAAUCAGCAUUGAUGAUCGAUGGUUCAAAAGCUAUUUACCGAUGGCAACAAGCAAUGCCUCCUAAAAUGGCAAUACUGAGAAAUAUUAUGGUUCUCAUCAACUUCCUCUACACGGUUUUGGUUCUCAAUUACUCAUCCGUUGGUUUCAUGGUUUUGAGCUUGCACGAAACACUCGUCGCCUUCAAGAGUGUAUAUUACAUAGGAACAGUUUUGCCCAUUGUUGUGAUUCUGCUCAGCUGCUUAGUUCCUGUGAAGCCUAAGAGACCGAAGACACGAAAAGAAGAAUAAUGCUGUCUUUUAAAACCGGUGUAGUUUUUUUCUUCUUCUUCUUCUUCUUCUUCUUCUUCUUCUUCUUCUUCUUCUUCUUCUUCUUCUUCUUCUUCUUCUUCUUCUUCUUCUUCUUCUUCUUCUUCUUCUUCUUCUUCUUCUUCUUCUUCUUUUGGACCGUUUAUGUACAACACGCGAAUCAUGAUUUGAGUUUAAUCUUCUCAUUUCCCGUU